CCGGCGCAUUCAUUUCCAACUCUACGCGUCGCGAUCGCUUCUAUCCGCGGAACUCAACCGAGUCGCUCUCUAUCCACGACCACGACUACCUUUUUAAUUUCUACAUAAUACAAUGGCUUUUCCCGGCGGCGGUGCGAUGCCCCCUCAAGAGUCGCAUGGCGGAUCCCCAGGCGCCGCGGCAGCUUUGGGCCCUCCGGACCCUGAGAUCAAGGCUAUGACCAACUUUAUGGAGAACUGCUUUACGAAGAGUAUCAUGUCCGGUGUCAUGGGUUUCGGUAUGGGAGGAUUGUUUGGCAUGUUCAUGGCAUCUAUGUCCUACGACACCCCCUUCCACACAGCAACGACAGCCGGCCAAACGACGGUGACGCCGAUCGCGGACCUGCCCUUCCGCCAGCAGCUCCGCGUGGGCUUCAAGGACAUGGGCACGCGGUCGUACGGCAUGGCCAAGAACUUUGGUAAAGUCGGCGCGCUGUUUGCAGGUAUCGAGUGCGGUAUCGAAGGGUUGAGAGCUAAAAACGAUUUGGGCAACGGUGUUGCGGCGGGGUGUCUGACGGGUGGGAUCUUGGCCAAGAAUGCUGGGCCGCAGGCUGCGUUGGGCGGGUGUGUUGCGUUUGCGGCGUUUAGUGCUGCUAUUGAUGCGUAUAUGAGGCAGCCGAGCGAUGAGUAGGGGGUUGUUGUGUUUUGAGGGAGACAAGGAAGAGGAGGGAAGGCGGGACGUGAGAGGAUACGAUGAGGAGGCAGUCGUCUCUGCUCUGUUGGG